AUCGAUACACCAAUGCAAGUCCGACAGGGGGAUCUAGUAGGGGUACACUACAACAGGGCUGCUAUAUCAUCAGCUAUUCCUCUGUCAAAUGGAAACGACGGCGUUGUCAAAGAAGAAGAACUCUACGAUGUGCUAUUGGUAAAUGAGUAUAAUGAAGACUUCACUAUCGGACAAGACAUAACAAUUCAGAUGGUUGUUUUUCGGCCGAUUGUUUAUGCCCUAAUGUUGUAUUUGUCAGAUGGUAGCAGUUUGACUACCACUCCUAUGCUGUCAACAAUAACAUAUCCGCCAAAACCUGCAGUACUCAGAAGAUAUGGGCCAUAUUUCAUCACGUCUUUUAACCUCCCUGAUUACGACAUCACGUUCGACCAAACCGGGAAUAUGACUGCAUUCCUCACAUCUCCAUACGGCUCCCGAUUUUACAUGAUUGUCCCUGGCUUAUCAAAACGUCCAGGAACCGUGUCACUGGAAGCUGUAGGGUCCACUGG